AGGUGGUUUGAUCAUGACUUCUCCGAACCUUCCCUUCUUCCAGUGUCUGCCUCUUAUCUCCUGAUAAGACAUAUUGUGUGGAGUCACUCUACAUAUGCUCAGUUUGGUUUUUUUUGUUUCUUGGGAGAGUGCAUGUGAUCAGCACAAGUCCAAUCAGCACUGUUCAGACAGAGGUCAGGGGUUCUGCAUCCUCCUAGAGCAGAAUGAAAACUCCUCCUAUAAGCUUAAACAUGUGCUUUGCUGGACACUGAUAGAAGUCAUAAGCCUGCUCUAACUGCUGAUGAGAAAAGGUGUUUAGAAGUUUAUAUUUACUAAAAUAA